CACGAAGUGCAUGUUAAACUUACUUGUCAGAUAAUACCGUGCGGUAUUUCUCUGCAAUGCUUGGUCUCGAAGUUCAUUGAACUCGGAAGAAUAAUUGAUAUUGAGCAAGAGUGUAUCAACGCUCAUUUUUGAGCGUGUUUGAAUGCCCCGCAUCUCCGGGAUUCAUGUCAACACCAUCGUCAUGACAUGUAAAAUAUGGGUUAACAUCAGCACACUGACAAAAUCCUAAAACACGGACACUUCCUAGACACGAUGUCGCGCGCAGGUCGUUUUGUGCACUGCGUAGACAGUCCCAAAUUCAAGCCGGACGAUCUCAUCGAGAACCCGGAACGUCUCAAGAAAGCCAACGAACUACUUCUCAAAGAUGACCUGUACAAUGCCAGCCGAGUCAUUUUUGACCUGGCAGAGGUUGAUCAGUACACAUAUCAUGCGAUGGUCAGCGUGAAGCUCGCACAGGUUCAACGAAUCGUCGAGCUUGGGGAUGAGAAAGGACUGCAUGAUUGGUACCAUAACGAAGAUGGAACAUCGAAAGGGCAUCCUUCCAAGGCAGACAUCGACGCCUAUGUAUCAAUCUUUGCUCCUGGCACACUGACCUCAUCUGCGCUCAAGAACUUCAGCACGAAUGCCAAAAAAGAGUCAUUGCGCGCCGAAGUUGCAGAGAAUCUACUCUCAAAGCGCUUUAUCCAUCCUUCGAGGGAGACAACCCUCACGAUACCAAAGGUGAAAAAGUCUGCGCCGCAGAAUCCCUACUUUGACUUUUGGGCGUGGUCGUGCCGGGCCCUACAGUGGUGUGGACCGUCGCCGUCAGCGGAGAGAAGAACCGGAAGUCACCAUGUGCUCCCUAUUUUCAUGCACCACUUUGGCUGCGCGACACCUUCGCAUGAGUCUUUGGAAAUACUCAGGCUACUUGCGGACGGGAGGACUGUGGCUGACAUUGGCUCUGGCAAUGGUUAUUGGGCAUACAUGCUGCGUCGUUAUGGGCUGAUGGUUAACCCCGUCGACAACAUGCAGAGUGAGUGGAGGGUCAACUGGGUGGACGACACUGUCAUCUCAGAUGGCGUUCAGUGGUUGAAGAAGCACAAAAAUGGGAAAGACAUGGUACUGCUGCUGGUGUACCCCGUGGUAGGCGGGAGCAUAGGGGGAGGCUCAGAAGGUGGCUUCACCCGCGACCUCGUCAAGGCGUACCAGGGCGACACGAUAGCAGUUGUGGGCACGCAAAACCACAACGGUUACACGGGCUUCAAGAAGUGGACCAUGUCUGAGUACAUGGCGAACGAACAUAAGGAUUGGACCAAGGUCGUCCAAAUACCCCUGCCUAGCUUUGGAGGCAAGGAUGAGGCGCUUUUCGUCUUUCAAAGGGGAGACAGAGCGCCAAAAUAGGCGUGGAGAUUCAAAGAGCUGGGGUUCAGUCUCUGGCAAUCCAUGUUAUGGAUAUUAUUGCUGAAUAUAUAUGCCAAACUUACCCAACAAGGACACAGGUGUUUCUCUUCAACGCA